AUUUAUGUUUCCCCAGGUUUUUUUUAGCAAUGGCUAUAACAUGAACCAUCAUCAUGGCUGCAGUCUAUAAAAGUUUAGUCUGGACUUUACUCAUUUUGCUGGUUCUGGCGCAGCUGUGUGAAAAUGUUACAGAGUAUGCCUUCAAACGCUACACAUACAGGAAGAAAAGAGAUGACAAGCGCUACAAGUCGGCCAGGCAGCGCUGUGAAAUGGGGGCUGAAUGCCAGGGCCUCUGGGGCGUUAAACACACAAACUGUAUCAGAAUGUGCAUGUCUGAUUUUUGUUACAGAGAACUGUAUGGAGAAGAUGAGCUUGAGGAGGGGGAAAUUGAUGUCAGAUUAAACUCAUUUAAAGGCUGUCUCAGCCAAGUUAAAAUGGAGGACUUCUAACUCCUAAGCUGCUCAAGAAAAAUAGUAUGUACAGAGCAAUGAUAGUUCCUACAAUAUAUCUGAUCACUGCCCAGAUGAACUUAAAAUAUGUUCUGACAUCUCUUGAUUCAUGGAUUACCUUCAGCAGGAUUAAAUGUUCUCUCUUAAUGUUACUUUGUCAAUGUUACACAAGGCAGUAGGUUUGAUUAUCAAUGUUCAGAAGAUUUGACAGGAAAAAAAUUCCUUUUUCUUAAAAUCUCCUGUGGUAUUUCAAAUGGAAGAAAAACAGAAUAUGUGAUUUUAGCAAGUUGAAAUUUGUUAGAGUGAAAAAAAUUGAAUGAAAAGCCUUGCUGGUUAUUGAAAAUAAUUUCAACAGUGGACUGUUUAUUUAUAUUAUUUUAAACUUAUCCUAUAAAUGUUAGGAUAAUAAGAUAUUUUAUUAAAAUUUUGCUGAUUUUGAGUUGUCUAAAAUUUGUAUUCAAAUAUAAAUGGUCUGUUAUAAUAUUUACAUUUUCUUACUGUAAGAGUUUUCUUCUUGUCAGUGUAAUGAAUGAAUAUCAACUCUAAAUUUUAAAUAUAAUGUAUGUUUUGACUUUUAUAUCAAUAAUUAAGAUGUCAUUUUAAAAAAAACAACUCUUUUUUUGUCCAUUAUCUCAGUAAGAAUAAAAAAAAAGUUUGUUCAGUAUUGGUUUAAACUUUAAA